CACUCCACAACAAAAGAAGCCUUCGGUGAGGUGACAGGGCUGAAGUGUGAGCCGCUUUUGAAGGUAAUUAGCUGGGGCUUAUCCCGCAGCUACCACAUAGCUAGGAGGGCAGAUAAGGGAGCCUUGUACUGGCCCCUGUGUAACUGCGGUGGUGUGAGAUCUGCGUGACGCCUUCACAUUCGAGCGCCUGCAACCAGGAAGUUCCAUUCAGCCUGACGGCUUGGCUGCGCCUUCAGGGAAUUGCGGCUGUGACAGGGAAGAAUCACCAUGCUGGGCUCUGGUUUUAAGGCUGAACGUCUUCGAGUCAAUUUGAGACUUGUUAUAAACCGGUUAAAACUUCUAGAGAAGAAAAAAACUGAAUUAGCACAAAAGGCUAGAAAGGAGAUUGCUGACUAUUUGUCCACUGGAAAAGAUGAGCGAGCACGGAUCCGAGUGGAGCACAUCAUACGUGAAGAUUAUCUGGUUGAGGCAAUGGAGAUUCUUGAACUCUACUGUGACUUGCUUCUGGCACGUUUUGGAUUAAUUCAGUCUAUGAAAGAACUGGAUCCUGGCCUGGGAGAAGCAGUUUCUACUCUAAUCUGGGCUGCUCCACGCUUGCAAACAGAAGUUACUGAGCUUAAAAUAGUUGCAGAUCAGCUUUGUGCUAAGUACAGCAAAGAGUAUGGCAAGCUUUGUAGGACAAACCAAAUUGGCACAGUCAAUGAGCGGCUAAUGCACAAGCUGAGUGUAGAGGCUCCUCCAAAAAUCCUAGUUGAAAGAUAUUUGAUUGAGAUUGCCAAGAAUUACAAUGUCCCAUAUGAACCGGAUGCUGUUGUUAUGGCUGAAGUCCCGGCUGGAGUUGAAGCUGAUCUGAUAGAUGUUGGCUUUACAGAUGAUGGGAGAAAAGGUGGUAGUGGUGGAGGAGGUGGAGGGUUUGGUGUGCCAUUACCAAUGGUUUCUGCUAUGCAGAUGCCAACACCUACCAUCCCAUUUGCCUACCCUGCACCUGGCGGGCAGGACCCAGUCAGUGGUGCAACAGUAGGAAUCUACCAACCUUUUGGCAACUUAAAUCCUCCUCCAAUGGGUGGUAUGCCACCACCUGUCCCUUCCAUGCCGCCUACAUAUGAUACUAUUGAUAAUUUUGGGCCACAAGCAAAUAAUCUUCCACCUACAGCUGGUCCCGGUAAUAAUGUGCCUCCUGUCGCCAAACCAAGAACAAAAACUCCCGAUAACUUUGUUCUUCCUGAGCUGCCUUCCGUUCCCGAUACAUUACCAGCUACAUCCGUAGGCACAAGCACAUCCACCUCAGAAGAUAUUGACUUUGACGAUCUGUCACGCAGAUUUGAAGAACUUAAAAAGAAAUCUUAAGGGGGCAGUCAUUCUUUCCCACAGGAAGCUUGAUACCUGUUGUCCUCAAAAGAAAAUACUACAGAUUUAAAGACUCACAUGAAACUGCUGAUUGUUGGGCAUGAAAGGUGUGUCUUUAAAGAAGAAAUGCAGCACUUUUACAGUUAUGAUUUCAAAAGGCUUUGUCCUGUUUGACAGUGGCAAGAUGGUCAAUGAUGCAUUUGACUGUUAAUGAUCUUUUAUCUAGUUUGAUGAUCUUGAGGUCUGUGCUGAGAAUUCUACCUUUUCCUAGAAUAUCCAGCCCUAUCUUUUAACCCACUUGCUCCCACAUUUGGCAUGGGACUGAGGGAUUUGUCUUUCACUCCUAAUGAGCUGCUCAGGCUGCUUGAUUUUCUUACUUUGUAAAUAACAUUUAUUAAGUUAGGCUUAAUUAUGUUUGUGCUCCUUUAAAUAAAGUUGUGGCCUUUUCUUCAGCA